GGGCGGGAGGUCGGACGGAGAGCCCGGGCGUUGGCGGUCGCGUCGCUCAAGAUGCUCCCGGUUUUUAAGGAAUUGUUCGAUCAUGUGAUUGUGAGGAGGUCGCACGAGACUCUACAGGUGGAUGGUUGGGUGUUCAAGCUCCACUAUCGGUUCACGGCGGGUCUGCUGGUGGUUUGUUGCCUCCUGGUGGCGGCUCACGAUUGGAUCGGGAAGCCGAUCGAGUGCACGCACGACAAGAGGGACAAGGAGGAGUUCGUGAAUGCGAUCAACACGUACUGCUGGAUUUCGGCCACUUUUACCGUUUUGGAGGGGCAGACCGGGGAGGAUGCCGAUAAAGUGGUUGGGUUGGGUGUCGGGACGAAGAAGUAUCACGCGUAUUAUCAGUGGGUUCUGUUCGUUCUGUUCCUUCAAGCGAUUUUCUUCUAUCUGCCGCAUUUGGUUUGGAAGUCCAUUGAGGGAGGGAAACUGAACUCCAUCGUUCAAGGUCUCCAUCACUUCAAGGUCGAGGAUCGACAUCGAAAGGAGGAGCUCCUGGCCGCGUAUCUCGAGAAGAGCCUUCACACGCAUCGCUUGUGGGCGGGGGGCGUUCUUUCUCUGCGAAUCCCUCAAUUUCGUGCACGUGCUGCUCGAAUUCUUCCUCACGGAUUGUUCCUUCGAUUAGGGCCGGAUUUCCUGGAUGACUCGACGACGCUGAGGAAAACGUUCCCGCUUCUCACCAAGUGCGACUUCCACUAUUACGGGUCGUCAGGGACGAUUCAAAACCUGGACGCGUUGUGCGUGCUGCCCGCGAACGUCGUGAACGAAAAGAUCUUCGUCGCGCUCUGGUUCUGGUUCCUCAUCCUCGCGGUCAUCACGGCGCUGGGCGUUAUAUGCCGCGCUGUCAUCCUCUGGGUGUCCAGUGCUCGCCUCCUCCUCCUUCACGUGCAUGGUUGCGAGAGGAAGACGGUGGAGGAUGUUUGCCGGCGGCUCGACUGGAGCGACUGGUUCCUCCUGCACCAGCUUUUACGGGCUCUCCAUGUGGACGGUUGGAUGUUCAAGCUCCACUAUCGGUUCACGACGAAUCUACUGCUGGUGCUUUGCCUUCUGGCCACGGCUCACGAAUGGGUGGGAAAGUCGAUCGAGUGCACGCACGAUAGGGAGAAAAACAAGGAUUUCGCGAAAGCGGUCAACAAGUACUGCUGGAUUUCUUCAACUUACACCGUUCGGGACGGACAGAUCGGGCAGGAUACCGGGCUGCAUGAUGGCACUAAAAAAUACCACAAGUAUUAUCAAUGGGUUCCCUUUUUUUUGUUCCUUCAGGCGAUUUUUUUCUACCUGCCGCAUCUGGCUUGGAAGUCCUUAGAGGGCGGGAAGCUGAACUCCCUCCUUCAGGAUCUCAAUCACUCCAAGGCCGAGGAUCGACAUCGAGUACUGCAGCGCCUGGUCUCGUAUCUCGCGAAGAGCCUUCACACACAUCGCGUUUGGGCGGGGAAGUUCCUACUCUGCGAAUCCCUCAAUUUUGUGCACGUGUUGGUCGAAUUCUUCCUCACGGAUCGGUUUAUCGAUUACAAGUUCCUUCGGUUAGGGCAGGAUUUCCUGGAUGAUUCGACAAAGCUGAGGAAAAUCUUCCCAAUGGUCGGAAAGUGCGACUUCCAUUAUUAUGGUUCGUCAGGGACGAUUCAAAAACUGGACGCGUUGUGCGUGCUGCAUGGCAACGCCCUUAACGAGAAGAUCUUCGUCAUGCUCUGGUUCUGGUUCCUUUUCCUGGCGGUACUCACGGCUUUGGGCGUUAUGUGCCGUCAGGUUUUGCUGCGAGUGCCCAGCGCGUGCGGCCUCCUUAACGUGCCUGGUUGCGAGAGGAAGAAGGUGGAGGAUGUAUGCCGGCGGUUCGACUGGAGCGACUGGUUCCUCCUGCACCACCUCCUGCUGCACAUGGACGUGCUGGUUCAUCGCGAGUUUUUUCUCGAACUCGAUCGGACUCUCCGUGUGGACGGGUGCGUGUUCAAGCUCCACUAUCGGUUCACGGCGGGUCUGCUGGCGGCGUUUUGCCUCCUGGUGGCGGCUCACGAUUGGUUCGGGAAGCCGAUCGAGUGCACGCACGACAAGAGGGACAAGAAGGAGUUCGUGAAGGCGAUCAACACGUACUGCUGGAUUUCGGCCACUUUUACCGUUUUGGAGGGGCAGACCGGGGAGGAUGCCGAUAAAGUGGUUGGGUUGGGUGUCGGGACGAAGAAGUAUCACGCGUAUUAUCAGUGGGUCCCGUUCGUUUUGUUUCUCCAGGCGAUUUUCUUCUAUCUGCCGCAUCUGGUUUGGAAGUCCUUGGAGAACGGGAAACUGCACAAAAUCGUUCAGGGUCUGAACAAGUCCAACGUGAAGGAUCGGGAUCGAAAGGAGGAGCGCCUGGCCGCGUAUCUCGAGAAGAGCCUUCGCACGCACCGCGUGUGGGCGUGGACGUUCCUGCUCUGCGAAUCCUUCAAUUUCGCGCACGUGCUGCUCGAACUCUUCGUCACGGAUCGGUUUAUCGGUCGCAAGUUUCUUCGGUACGGGUCAGAUUUCCUGGAUGAUUCGACGACGAUGAGGAAAACGUUCCCACUGCUCGGCAAGUGCGACUUCCACCGUUACGGGCCGUCGGGGACGAUUCAAAACCUGGACGCGCUGUGCGUGCUGCCCGCGAACGUCAUCAACGAGAAGAUCUUCGUCGCGCUCUGGUUCUGGUUCAUCAUCCUCGCGGUCAUCACAGCGGCGGGCGUUAUAUGCCGCGCUGUCGUGCUUUGCGUGCCCAGAGCACGCUUCCUCCUCCUUCAGGUGCGCGGUUGCGAGAGGAAGACGGUGGAGGAUGUGUGCCGGCGGCUCGAAUGGAGCGACUGGUUCCUCCUGCGCCAGCUCCUGCAGGUCAUGGACCUGCUGGUUCAUCGCGAGUUUUUUCUCAAACUCGAUCGGGCGCUCAAUCCCGGCAAUCGCGACGGGAUGAUUUACAGCACUAGCUGA